AUGUCUCCGAUCUUAGAUUCUCCUAAUGGUUGUAGAAAAUCUAUAACAAAUUUGAAUACUUCCUACCCAAUUCUUCAUCUUGAUCGAAUGAAAAUAAAAAAACAUUAUGAUUGUUUUCCAGAAUAUAUUUACAAUACAGCAUUUGGUUCAUUAUUAACUAAUCUUAAUUGUAAUAAUCAGCCUGUAGACAUAGAUGAUAAUAAUAGCACAUCAAAAACAAAUAACAUAGAUAAUCAAUGUACAUCAUCUAUUCAAUUAUAUAAUAAUUCAGCAUGUAAUAAUGAACAAGAUAUUAUUAAACUAUUAGUUGAUUUUCUUGAUGAAUUUUUACUUUAUCUUUCAUCAAUUAUUUCAUAUGAGAAAUUUCAAUCUCAAUUUCAGUUACAAAAAAUAAAAGAUGUUUUUGAACGUGUUUAUCAACUUCGUUCAACAUUACUCAUACACAUCAAUAAUAAUUAUGAACAUAGAAUAAAUUCAACUAUUCUUGAUAUUACAUCGAUUUCCUCAAUUCUUCAUGAACUUGCUACUCUUAUUCAUUCUUUAGAUAAUGAACAACAACAACAACAAAUUGGAACUAAUACUCAAUAUUCACAAUUAUCAUAUAAUCUAGAAAAAAUUAUGAAAUCUUGUAUGGAUAGCAUCAACAAAUGUAAUCAUCAACAAAAUCUUCAAUCAUCGAUACCGUCUAUAACUCCAUGUAUAAAUUCUACAUUACCAAAUACAUGUUUAUCACCAUGUAAUGGAUGUAAUAUGUGUGAACAAUGGUCAAUAUUAGAACAAAUAAAAAAGACAAAUGAAAAAGAUCAUAUUUUUGGAUUAGUCUAUGGUAUUAAAGAUGAAAAUAUUCGUCAAAAAUUAGGUUACCGUACUGGAGAUCAUAAAUCAUCGAGUAAAAUAAAACAAAAAUUUCGUAAAAUAUCCAAACAAAAAUAUGGAUCAAAUAUGCUUUUGAACAAAGACGCAAAGUUUGAUAGUAAUCGUGGAUGGACUGCAGGAUCACCUAGUAAUCAAGCAUCUAUACAACGACAACAAUCUUUUCUUAAAUCAGAACAAUUCUCACCAUUAUCGAAUACUAAUUCAGAUACUGAUAAAUCUAUUAAACUUCAUUCUAUACAAGAUCGCUUGAUAAUAUCGAACAGCAAUGGACGUAUAACUCCUCAUGGGACAUCUUCUUAUACAGAACAAUUACCUAUAACAUCAACAACAGAUCCUGAUAAAUUACAUCGAACAUCUUCUCGUUUAGUUCAAAAAUUACAAUCAAAUAUCUAUAAAGAAAAUGAUAGCAAAAGUAAUCUAUCAUCACCUUUAUCUUUUCAAACUUCUGAAUAUCGAAUUCCAUCAAAGACAACAUAUAAGAUUGUACCUGAAAGUAAUCAUAGUUUAUCGCCAAUAUCCAACAAAUCAAUAAAUACUCAUCAAUCAUAUGAAAAUUCAUCAAUCAAUGGUAUUGAUAAAGCAAAUAAUGUAUUAAGUAUUACACAAAAUAAUGAUAAACAAAGUCUAAAUCAAAAUCUAAUCUCUUAUGAAACACAUUCUGACAAUAUCGAUUCUUCAAUGAUGUUUACAUUCAAUGAUCAAACUCCUUCCAGUGAAAAUAUGUUGAAUACAAAUUGGAAAGAACGUUUAACAUCAACAGAACGCAUAGAAAUUACUCCUCUGGAAAAAAAUAUCUCAAGUUCUAUAUCAAAUAAACAAUAUUCAACAGAUGAUUUUAAUUACGAUAACUAUUCUGAACAUCAACUGUCUUCUUCAAUAAAUAAUCCUAUGAAAGAAAAUAGUAAACUUAUAAAACUAUAUUAUCUAUUAAAGAUUUUAGAAUAUUAUUAG